GACAGCGAGGAGAUGUCUCGCACACCUGUUUUCCUUGGAUGGGUUUAUCUUUCCCUUUAGGAUUUAAUGGCACAUUUCAGAUUGUUAAGAGGUGGCAUUAAGUAUGCUGUCAGAAUUACGAAAACAUGGUCCUGGAAAGGUUGUUACCUGGAGGGAACUAAUCUAAAAUCACCUGAUUUAAACCAACACCAAAUAACUGCAGAGGAGGCGGAACAAUGCCAGACUCUCCACCAAUUCCACCAGUUACUGCUCUGAACUGUUCCUUUGGCCUAUCCAAUUGCACUUUCGCUAACCUCUCCGCAAUUUCCUAUGGCGAUGAUGAGUGCUACGGCAGCCACUCUUUGUUUGUUAUCAUGGCUAUCGCCUACAGUGCUGUUGUACUGUUGGGUGUUGUGGGCAACCUGGCUCUCAUCCUCGUCAUCGCAAGGCAGCGGGAACUUCACAACGUCACAAACGUCUUAAUCGCAAACCUCUCCGUUUCGGACCUGCUGAUGUCCCUGGUGUGUCUGCCGUUUACCUUCAUCUACACCUUCAUGGACCACUGGGUGUUUGGAGCGGUCAUGUGUAAACUCAACAGCCUGGUCCAGUGCUGCUCCGUCUCGGUGUCCAUCUUCUCCUUGGUUCUGAUUGCCAUUGAGAGGCACCAACUCAUCCUGCACCCUCGGGGAUGGAGGCCCAGCCUGAACCAUGCCUGUCUGGGCAUCAGCCUCACCUGGGCCCUGGCCGUCCUCACUGCCACACCAUUUCUGUUGUUUUCCAGGGUGACGGACGCCCCGCUGAAGCAGCUGCCCUCAGUGUUUCAGGAGGAGUACAGGGGAAAGGUGGUGUGUGUGGAAGAGUGGCCCUCCAGAGAAAUCAAACUCACCUACACCACUGGCAUGCUGGUGCUGCAAUACAUCACUCCUCUCACCUUCAUCUUCAUCUGUUACCUGAAGGUAAGAACACAAUGA